AUGAGAACGACAAAAACAACUGCAGAUACCAUCAAUGGGCUUCUGGACAAGACGGCCAGCAGCACGCUAAGGAGACUCGAUCUCGGAUUCCUGACAAUCGGCUUCUUGGGCUAUGUCUUUAAAUAUCUCGAUCAAAUCAAUAUUAGCAACGCGUAUGUCUCUGGCAUGCAGGACAACUUGAAGCUCUAUAGCAAUGAAUUAGGUUACUUUACGACAUACUUCAAUAUCUCAACAACGAACCAGGUUCUCUGGAACGUGUUUACCUGUUGCUUGUCAACCGUGACGAAUGAGAAGCAGGGUGUCUGCACCAUAUUCGUUGCGCUUAUAGCGUUUGUCCUGCUUCCUCGUUACUUUGGAUAUCCUCCAGAUAUGGAGCGGCUAGACGGCCACGGUCCACCGCAUCUCGUCAACUACGAAGUUUUUGUCACCUUCAUUCGUCCCUAUGAGGCAGGAACAUUACCUAUCUUAAGAACCAAGACCUCAGAGCUGUAA